AUGUUCGAGGCUAACGCGCCGCGGGAAGACGUUCCCAUCAUCCUGAGCCUCAUCAGAGAGCUCGCCGAAUACGAGCGUGAGCUCGACAGCGUCCAGGCGACGGAGGAGUCCCUCGCCAAUACCAUCGCCUUCGCCCCCUCCGACCAGACCUCCUACACGCCGGGCCACCCGCAGACCGAACCCACGGCGCCGGGCCGGCCGGCGCGGUGCCUGCUUGUCUUCAACGAGGCCGGCGAGGGCGUCGGCAUGGCCCUGUACUUUUACAACUACAGCACCUGGCGCGCCAAGCCGGGCGUCUACCUCGAGGACCUCUACGUACGCCCGUCGGAGCGCAAGAAGGGCCACGGCAAGCGGCUGCUCGUCGAGCUGGCCAAGGAGGUCGUCGCCAUGGGCGGCGGCCGGCUCGAGUGGGUCGUGCUCAAGUGGAACGAGCCGAGCAUCAAAUUCUACGAGUCCAUCGGCGCCAAGGCCAUGGACGACUGGGUGGGCAUGCGCGUCGACGGCGACGCCCUGCCGAAGCUGACGGGGUUGCUUGGGUGA